CUACCUGGAUGGAAACCAGUUCACUCAGGUCCCAGGGCAGCUCUCCACCUUCAAGUACCUGCAGCUUGUCGAUCUGAGCAACAACAGGAUCAGCUCCCUGAGCAACUCCUCCUUCACCAACAUGAGCCAGCUCACCACCCUGAUCCUCAGCUACAACUCCCUGCAGUGCAUCCCUCCGCUGGCCUUCGAGGGCCUCCGCUCCCUCCGGCUGCUGUCCCUCCACGGCAAUGACAUCUCCAGCCUCCCCGAGGGCAUCUUUGCAGAUGUUACCUCCCUGUCCCACUUAGCCAUCGGGGCUAACCCCCUGUACUGCAGCUGCAACCUGCGCUGGCUCUCCAGCUGGGUCAAGACGGGGUACAAGGAGCCAGGCAUCGCCCGCUGCGCUGGGCCCCCCGACAUGGAAGGCAAGCUGCUGCUCACCACCCCUGCCAAGAAGUUCGAGUGCCAAGGCCCACCCGCCCUGAGCGUUCAGGCCAAGUGCAACCCCUGCCUCUCCAGCCCCUGCCAGAACCAGGGCACCUGCCACAAUGACCCCCUCGGCUCCUACCGCUGUGCCUGCCCCAGUGGCUACAAGGGACCCUGGGCCUGCGAGGGGACACUCAGUGGCUGCUCCUCCAACCCCUGCGCCAACGGGGGGACCUGCCAGCCUCAGAUGGGGGAAGGAGCUGGUUUCAGGUGA